AUGAGGUUAACAGCAGUUAGCAGGGUGCCGGGAGUGUUCGAGUCGGAAGUGGUGCAGCCGGGAGAACCCUCCCUACAUCAUGAUAAGUCCCCGUGCAGAAGUCCCCUUUUGCCCCAUGAAGAAAAGUCCUCUUGUCCUCUUAAAAAAUUAGGACGAAGUAAGUACGGGAGCCGCUCACGGGAUUCACGUCCUCGGACGAGGCGACCUAAGAAACCCCCCGGGGACGGAACCCCGACGGAUGAGAAGAGACCCCGCACCGCCUUUUCAGGACCACAGCUCGCUAGGUUAAAGCACGAGUUCGCUGAGAAUCGCUACCUUACCGAGCGCAGACGGCAGGCCCUUGCCGCAGAACUGGGUCUAGCGGAAGCCCAAAUCAAGAUCUGGUUCCAGAACAAACGCGCCAAGAUCAAGAAGGCCUCAGGCCAGAGGAACCCUUUGGCUUUGCAGCUGAUGGCUCAAGGGUUGUAUAAUCAUAGCACAGUGCCGCUGACGAAGGAGGAAGAGGAACUGGAGAUGAAGGCGAGGGAGCGGGAGCAACAGAAUCGACGUUAAUCUGGAAUCUUUAAGGGUUUGGUAUAGCAAAUGCUUACGUCCUUCUGAAUAACAAUAUACUUGUAUUUACUUACCAAGACAGGUCUCUGAUAGAAACCGCUAGGAGUGUGUACUUAAACUUACCCAAGAUAGCUGGCUGCUAAUAGAAAGAGCUAGGAGAUUGUGCUAGGUUUUACUCUAUAAAGGGGACCCCAUAAGCAGUUUCUAAUGCCGCUGUAAAGAUGAACGCUGUAGCGAAUUUUUUUCCACUACCUCAUUUCGAAAUCUUAUGGACUCGAAUGAUGAAGGUGCGAACGACGCCGUUUCGAAAAAUAUUUUCGCUACAGAGUGGCAUUAGAAACUACGUAGAACAGCGUCCAAAAGGUGGUAUAUUUUUAUGUCAAAAUUGUAAAAGCAUACCUUAUUUGAAUUCCUAUAACAUCGUCAUCCAAGUUUUUUUUACCACAGUGCCAGUGCUAUACUUUAGUUAGAUUUUAUCAAGACUUAAAGUGAACUUUAAUUACAAAAGAUGGAACUCGUGUGUUCGUUAUACCAAAACCCUCUCAAAAUCUAUUGCAAUAAUUAAACUACAAGCAUUUACAGUAACUAUUCGCAAAUCGCAUUCUCAUUUUGACAUAAGAUAUUUUUUGAUUUCUAGUACACCAAACUAAGGUCGGUAAUUCGAGUAUUUUGAAAUUAGCACCACAAACGUAAUGGCGAAUUGACGAUUGAAAAAAAUUGAGUAGACUUAACAUUUUGAAGAUAAUCAAUAAGUAAAUACUUAAAGUUCUUGCAACUCACGAAGGCGACCGAGCUUUACUUGUGUGUGUACGU